UACAUCUCAUUCCUCUGUAUUCCAUAGAUCCCUCCACUCUUUUUAACUCUCAACUUAAACCCCUAAAUUCAAGUUGAGAUUAAAGCUAAUAGGAAUUCAAGAAAAAUAAAUGGAAACAGAGAGCCAAACCCAAUUAAGCACUUGGGAUGGCUAUGUUGAUUGGAAAAAUAGACCUGCUCUCACUAAGAAACAUGGUGGUUUACUUCCUGCCUCCUUUGUCUUAGUUGUGGAGGUGCUGGAGAACUUAGCAUAUCUGGCAAAUGCAAGCAAUUUGGUGCUCUACUUGUCCGAAUAUAUGCAUUUUUCACCGUCAAAAUCAGCAAAUUCUGUGACCAAUUUUAUGGGCACAGCAUUUCUGCUGGCACUACUUGGUGGAUUCUUAUCUGAUGCUUUCUGCACAACUUAUUGCAUCUAUUUGAUCAGUGCAGUCAUUGAAUUUCUGGGGCUAGUAGUACUCACGAUACAGGCUCGUUCUGCGUCGUUGAAGCCAUCAACAUGCGACCUACAUGCAGCGCCCAGCGUGCCGUGUGAACAAGUUCAUGGUACACAAGCUGCAAUGUUGUUCAUAGGGCUCUACCUAGUGGCAUUAGGUGUAGGAGGUAUAAAAGGAUCGUUACCACCCCACGGUGCAGAACAGUUUGAUGAAGCAACCCCACAAGGAAGAAAGCAAAGAUCAACUUUCUUCAAUUACUUUGUGUUCUGCCUCUCCUUUGGAGCUCUCAUUGCUGUAACCUUCGUGGUUUGGGUGGAAGACAAUAAGGGUUGGCAAUGGGGAUUUGGAAUUUCCACUUUGGCCAUAUUUUUGUCGAUCCCAGUCUUCCUCGCUGGUUCGCCAUUCUAUAGGAACAAGAUACCUUGUGGAAGCCCUCUUACAACAAUCAGCAAGGUUCUAAUUGCGGCCUUGCUAAAUUCUUGUGUAUCAAGAAACUCAACUAGUGCGAUAGCAAGUAUGGCUUCAAGCCCUUCUCCUCCCAUUCAGACCGGUAAGGAAGGUGGCCAAGUUUCAAAAAGCAAAGAUGUAGAACCAAUUGAGACUCCAUCGACAAGUCUAAGCUUUCUUAAUCGAGCUGUUUCAGACACACCCGCUUGUGGUGCACUAGAUUGCUCAGUACAACAAGUAGAAGAAGUCAAGAUUGUGAUGAAAAUCCUCCCGAUUUUUGCCUGCACCAUCAUGCUCAACUGCUGCCUUGCUCAACUGUCUACAUUCUCAGUUCAGCAAGCAGCUACAAUGAACACAAAGGUCGGCUCUUUAAAAGUCCCACCGGCUUCACUCCCCAUUUUCCCCGUUGUGUUCAUGAUGAUCCUAGCACCAGUUUACGACCACUUCAUCAUCCCAUUCGCUCGUAGAGUAACCAAAACAGAAAUGGGCAUAUCUCACCUCCAACGCAUUGGUAUCGGAUUGUUCCUCUCCAUUGUAGCGAUGGCAAUCGCAGCUCUUGUUGAAAUCAAGCGCAAAAGUGUAGUUACUGACUCAGGCCUCCUCGACUCUGCCAAGCCAUUGCCCAUAACUUUCUUCUGGAUCGCGUUUCAGUACUUGUUUCUUGGAUCAGCCGAUCUUUUCGUUCUAGCAGGGCUACUUGAAUUCUGCUUCUCAGAAGCGCCGGUUAGUAUGAGAUCAUUGGCAACAUCUCUAUCAUGGGCUUCUUUAGCCAUAGGAUAUUACCUCAGCUCGGCAAUAGUAUCGAUAGUAAAUAGUGUGACAGGAAAUUCAAAGCACAAACCAUGGCUCUCUGGUGGAAAUUUGAAUCACUACCAUUUGGAGAGGUUCUACUGGCUAAUGUGUAUACUCAGUACAUUAAACUUCAUGCACUACUUGUUCUGGGCUUCAAAAUAUAAGUAUAGAUCUGUAAGGUCAAGUAAGUAAACAUGCAGUGUACACAAGUCAAAUGUGUUGUUUUAAUAACUCAAAAAGGAAGCUAAGAUCUCAGCAUUGCAUUGCGAGUUAAUUGAGAAGAAGAUUCUCGCUACUCGUUGACCGUCUUGUUUAUCUUUCAAUGCCAGACUCAAGCAGUGGCAGAGCAGGAAUUUUAACAAAGGAUUCAAAAAUGCAAGAAAGCGGAAUUGAACCUGUGACUUAAAGCAACUUUUGAGCCAUUUUUGCCGCUACACAUAUGUAAAGGGUAUUCAACAAUUUAUAAAUAUAUAAUCAAUUUUACUUU